AUAUGGUCUUUCAAAUAUGAUAAUGAAGCAGUUAGACUUUGUGAAAAGUCUUCAUCUUGAGUUGCUUCAUCUUCUGAUUAUUACUCGUGACGCCAUCAGAACGCAACUGACUCUCCUUCCUAUCGGCAGCGUCGCACAAAAUCUGCGUUCUGAAGUGAUCAGAACACUCGAUGGCCGCGGUUUCCAGUCCAAACUGACGUGAUGAAAAAAUUCUACCGUUUUGAAAUCGCCGUUGAAAAAAAUGUCGCAUAAAAAUGUAGAAUUGCCUGAAGCCAUCAAAAAAGGUUGGAACCAAGUUUCUCACAAAGGACGUGCGAGACUAGGGAUUAUCCAAACAACAAACGGGGAAAAAAAUGCAGACAACGUGUUCGUGCUCGUGGCCCACUACGACUUCAAGGGUGGUGCCGGGACGUGGCCUCGUAGGGGAAACGACGAGGAUGUCGAGAACCUGAGAAAAACAUUUGGUGAAAACAGAAACUGCCGAUUCAGAGAUUUGCAGUCGCCAACGAAAGAGGUUCUUUUUGCUCUGCUGGCCGCCGAGCAAAAACUAAAGAGAUUCUUUUCUUCUGAAGACGCAGAGCCAUCGGUUUUCAUUUUCAUCAUUUUGUCGCACGGAGGUUCCGAGGGAAAGAUUUACACAGACACAAAGAUCGGCCCUGGACCGAAUGAUUACGACUCCUUCAACACCAAGCAAUUUUUUGCAAACCUGGAAAAAACGUUUCAGAAAUCUUUGAGGCUCAUUUUCCUUGGGCCGUGCAGAUGUGAACUCACAAUUGGAGAUGCAAAUCCCACAGGAAACCAAAAUGAGGCAAAAAACUACUCGAGCAAAGUUUCGUUUGAGCCGAAAAUGUACAACACGAUUAUUUUCUGCUCGACUGUUGAAACUACAUCCGCGAGCAGAGAUUUUAACAAGGGGACUUGGCUUGUCCAGUGUUUGUGCGACCAACUCAACCUGAUGAUAGAAAACGAGAGCAUCGCUCAUUUCUCCACUGGAAUGCAAAAUAGAAUUCACGAAUGGGCGAUAAAAGCACAGCCAAGUUUUCUCACUGGAAAGCCAACGGAGCAAACAAUGGAGACCAAAAUCUUUCCGCUGGAUAGAAACUUUACCUUUUCCGCAGUGGAGAACUGUGGCGAAGCAGCAGAUUUCAGAUCAGGCCGGAGCCAAUCAACGCUGGACUUUGAUUGGAUGAAUCCGCAAACAAAGUCCAGAUUCAGAGGAAAACUCGCAGCGAUAUUUCACGACGGAAUCCAAGAAAAUGCCGCGAUUAAAAAAUUAGAGUUCAAUCUCAUUGAAAAUCUUGGAUUUGAAACUAAAAAAAUUAAAUUACACCCUGACAUUGUGCAGCACUACUUCCAGGAUUUGCAGGGAAAAUCGUGGAGCGAUUACGGAUGCUUCGCAGCGUUCUUUUUUGCUCAUGUCACAGAGGAAGAAAAUCAAGUUUGCGUCAACCUGAGUGGUAAUAAUGAGCCAGUGCCGAUCGGCGAGUUGAUUCACUCGCUGCUUGGCCCCGAGUCACAAGAGUGGCGAGGAAAACCGAAGCUCUUCUUCCUGAUUGACGUAGGGACAGCGACUGAGGAUGCUUCAGGGAAAGCUCCCAGUCAACCGAAAAUAGAAGUUCUACAGGCCACCCGUCAUAGCGGCUGGAUGCUUUUUAUUCUCCGAAACAAACAUCUUCUGCUAAAACUUUUAAAGAUUUUUGAGAGCAAAGAAAUCAAGGGUGAGCGGAGUCUUCAGGAAUGCCUGGGUGACCUGCUCAUUCAAUCAAAAGAACAGAGGGAACAAAUUAUUCCUCGAGCGAUGUUCGUCUCCACUUUGCCGCACUUCCUGCAUUUCCCGCAGAAUUUCGUCAAACCAAACUUCAAAGUGAAAAUCCAAGAAUCUGAAGAAAAGAAGCAUGUAAAUUUUGCAAAGUUAAUUGAAAAGGCAAUGAAGGAAGAGCAGAUUUGGCUUUUGUCGUCCCUUCCGGGCACAGGAAAGUCGACCGUGAUGAUUGAAAUCGCUCUUGAACUUCGAAGAAGACUUUGCGGUGUCAAAGUUUUCAAUAUCAGCCUUUUGCAAGACGUCAGAAGUCUUCUUUCAAAUAAAAAAUUUUCUCCCUCACUGGUCACUGUGAUUUCUUUGGCAACUCGAGUUGACGAGAAAGAAAUCGAAAUUUUAAUCAAGGAGAAAAGAAUCAUCUUGAUGUUUGACGGAUUUGACGAGAUUUGCCCAUUUCGGAGGGAUGCGGUGCUGAAUUUGCUUCUGAAAGCGGUCGAAAGAGAAAUUCCUGUUUGGAUUUCGACGCGACCGCACGAAGAAGAUGCGAUUACAAAGAAACUGGGUGGUCAGAAAAUCUGCACAGCCACAAUUUUGCCUCUUAAAAAAAAACAACAAAUUGAACUUUUGAAGAUGACUUCAAAAAGGGAUGUCGGAGACUUUCAGAGUUUGUUCAUGAAAUUCAAACAUAACCGAUCUGACGAUAUCUUAAGCAAUCCUCUUCACUUGACAAUGAUUGCUCAAUUAGAGGAACUAUUUUCAGGAAACGAUUGUCAAAACUUGUUUGACAUAUACGAGAAAAUUGUGACUAAAAAAGUGCACGACAUGCUGGUACUCGAUUAUGUUAAAGGAAGUAAUGUAUACCAGGAAAAUUGGGAAAAUUGUGAGAGCGAACUGCAAAAUAUUUCACUUUCUUAUCUAAAUAACAUGAGUGUGAAGGACUUGCAAUAUACCCGCAAUGGAAUCGUGACACUGAUUGACAAAAAAGUGGUUUUCGUACACCAAACGUUUGCCGAGUUUCUCGUUGCUCAAAGUUACAUCGACUGCCUAAAGGAACAAAAAUGUAAAAUUGAUGAAAUGCCAUUCGAUUUAUUAGAACAUAAAUAUCAGCAAGUUAGAAAAUUCGUGGAAAUGAAAAUAUCCAAGUCACAAGAUGAAGAAGCUCCAAUUUUGAAAUCAUCUCUCAAAUUUGUUCUGAGCGAAAACCUUACGAGAGAGAAUAUUGUUGAAGUUCUUAUCCACGAAAACCUGUCGACGAUGUUUUCUCUUUUUGAAAACCGAAUCACCUUUGGCAAGAAUGGUGCCAAGGUCAAAUUUCAUUUUGAAAAUACCCAUGAUAUUUUAAAAGAGGCUUGUUGGAAAAGCGAAGAAAUUGCCCUGAAACUUUUGGAUCUUGGCGCAUUUGAAAGUUUGGAAUUUCAAAAAAUAGAAAAAAUCACAGAUAUACUUGAAGGUGCAAUUCAGAACAAUUUUGUGCGUGUUAUUUCAGCGCUCCUAAUUAAGUGUUCCGCGCACAGUUCAAUUGACGAAUACCAAGCGAAUGGUAAUGUUGGAUGGAAAGCACCUCACAAGAAUCACCAUGAGAUGCUGGUAUUUCAAAGAGAGUUGUUUGGAGCACUUCAAACUGCUGUGGAUCACAACAGCGUCGAGUGCGUUAAACUUCUCAUUCAGCACGGCUUUCCUACUGCCUGUUUGAAUUUUGAUCGUUACAAAAAUGUUUAUAUGGAAAUAGGGACGGCGAGAGCACUUCUUGGGACCAAAAGCGAGAAGCCCGAAAAACUUGCACCCAGACUGUUUCAACGUGCUAUUGUAGGGACCAGUGUUGAAGCGGCUAAAUUUUUGCAGAAAGAAUGCAGAGGGGGGAUUGAGAAGUUGGUUUUUUACGACGGCAAGACCGCCCUUCAUGUGGUGGCAGUGAUAAACGAAAUGUCCAAACACUCUGCCGCGUUGGAAAUGUGUCAGUGGCUGGUGGAAGAAUGCGACUUCAAAAUCGGGGACAAGGAUGAUAAAGGAUGGAACGCUUUGCAUUACGCAGUUGUAGGAGGAAAUUUGGAAUUGGUGAAAUACUUCCUGGAAAAGGAUCCUACGCUCAUCAAAUCUGUUAUUGAUGAUACUCAAGGCCAGAACCUCCUUCACUGUGCAGUUAAUUGGAGAAGAAAAGCAAUGAUUGAAUAUCUUUACGGUCGAGACGGCGAUUUGAUUAAGCAAAUAACGAAGGAAGGCGAAACGGCGCUUCAUUUGGCGGCAAAGGAGGGGUAUCUCGAUGAGUGCGUGUGGCUCGUGGAAAAUGGGGUUGAUUUGGACGCCGAGGAUGACAAGGGGUGGAAUGCAGUCCACUGUGCUGCUAAAAAUUGGAUUGGGAAAGGAGGAAAAAUACUUAUGUAUCUGCACAAGGAAAAACCUGAACUGAUCGAGCAAAAAACGAGUGAUGGAGAAACGGUGCUUCAUCUCGCGUGCACAAGCGACAAAAUUGACUUGGAAACAAUUGAAUGGCUGUUGGCACAGGGUUUGGACCCAAGUGACAAAAACAGAAAAGGAUGGAACGCUCUCCACAUUGCAGCGAGUGAAGGGGGGAUUGGAAAGAUUAAGUUCAUUCACGAGAAAUAUCCUGGUCUAAUUGAAUCUGUGACGAACGACGGCGAGAACGCGAUGCACUUGAUGGCAUCAAAUAUUUGUGAUGUAGGUGGAUUAAAAGUACUGCAUGCGCUUUGUGGAAAACUGGUCAAGCAGAAAACAAAGACAAAUAAAACGGUGCUCCACUGCGCAGCGCAAUUAAGUGACGAGAAAGUUUUCAAAUGGUUGGUUGAGGAAAUUGAGUUGGACAUAAAAUCUGAAGACAACAAAGGCUGGAAUGUUGUGCACUUCACGGCAAAUAAUGAUUAUAGUUAUGUUUCAGAAAUUUUGGAAUUUAUUAAAACUAAAAAUUCCGGACUAAUAGUGAAAACGACAAAGAGAAACGAAACUGCACUGCACAUCGCAGCUAUGAAAGGAAAUUAUGAUCAAAAAUUCAAGUGGCUUCUACAAAACGGCGUUGAUCCUGUUGUGAAAAACGUGGAUGGCAAAACCGCAUGGCAAGUGUGGCAUGACCGCAAAAUUUUGAAGGUUUGAAGCAAAUAUUAACGGAAUGCUCACAACACCCAAGUGAUGAAAGCCGCAAUAUACUGUUCAUUAAAAAGCUUUGCACUGUUGAAACAAUAACAGCAAUAUUGAUUCAUAUGACGCACAAUGAACACUUUAUUCUAAAUGAGUAUGCUUUUUAACUUCCAAUUACAAAAUGUUCUUAAAAAAUCUAAAAUCUAUUACUCAUACAAGGUAAAAAAAAAAAAUAGAAAAUAAAUUCCU